CCUACAUCCCUCUCCCUACGCCACCCUCCACAGUGAAACUGCGGCUGCGCCAGUCCUUUUCCAAAUUCCUGCCAGCUCCUCUCUCCUCCGCCUCCCCACGUCGGGGAGUUGACGUCAGUACGCCGGGCAGCCGCCAUUACAGAGAAGCUGAGCUCCAGAGCUAGAGGGAAAGGAGGAGUCGCUGCCGCCGGCACUCUAGCACCGCGGAGAGUCAGCAGGCAAAGAGCCGGUUCCGAGGAGCAAGCCCGGCCGCCACCCACAGGCCCCGCGAGAGGCGGUGGCAGUUGUGUGAGUGCGUGCUUGCGGCCGGAGCGGCGGGGAGAGGGUGCCGGUGGGGCCCAGAGGCGGCGGCGGCGGCGGCAGCGGCAGCAUCAUGGACGAGAAGGUUUUCACCAAGGAGCUGGACCAGUGGAUCGAGCAGCUCAACGAGUGCAAGCAACUUUCGGAGUCCCAGGUUAAGAGUCUCUGUGAGAAGGCUAAAGAAAUCCUUACAAAGGAAUCCAAUGUACAAGAAGUCCGAUGUCCAGUCACUGUCUGUGGAGAUGUUCAUGGGCAAUUUCAUGAUCUCAUGGAACUUUUUAGAAUUGGUGGCAAAUCACCAGACACAAAUUACUUGUUUAUGGGCGAUUAUGUUGACAGAGGAUAUUAUUCAGUUGAAACAGUAACACUGCUUGUAGCUCUUAAGGUUCGUUACCGUGAACGUAUCACUAUUCUACGAGGGAAUCAUGAGAGUAGACAAAUCACACAAGUAUAUGGUUUCUAUGAUGAGUGUUUAAGGAAAUAUGGAAAUGCAAAUGUUUGGAAAUAUUUUACAGACCUUUUUGAUUAUCUUCCUCUAACUGCCUUGGUGGAUGGUCAGAUUUUCUGUCUACAUGGUGGUCUCUCACCAUCCAUAGAUACACUGGAUCAUAUCAGAGCACUUGACCGCCUACAAGAAGUUCCCCAUGAGGGUCCAAUGUGCGAUUUGCUGUGGUCAGAUCCAGAUGACCGUGGUGGUUGGGGUAUUUCUCCUCGAGGUGCUGGAUAUACAUUUGGGCAAGAUAUUUCAGAGACAUUUAAUCAUGCCAAUGGCCUCACAUUGGUGUCCAGAGCUCACCAGCUGGUGAUGGAGGGAUAUAACUGGUGCCAUGACAGGAAUGUAGUAACAAUAUUCAGUGCUCCAAACUAUUGUUACCGUUGUGGUAACCAAGCUGCAAUAAUGGAACUUGAUGAUACUCUAAAGUACUCCUUCUUGCAGUUUGACCCAGCACCGCGUAGAGGUGAACCACAUGUUACUCGUCGUACCCCAGACUACUUCCUGUAAUGAGAUUUUAAACUUGUACAGUAUUGCCAUGAACCAUACGUUGACCUAAAGGAAAUGGGAAGAGCAACAGUAACUCCAAAGUGUCAGAAAAUAGUUAACAUUCAAAAAACUUGUUUUCAUACGGACCAAAAGAUGUGCCAUAUAAAAAUACAAAGCCUCUUGUCAUCAACAGCCGUGACCACUUUAGAAUGAACCAGUUCAUUGCAUGCUGAAGCAACAUUGUUGGUCAAGAAACCAGUUUCUGGCAUAGGCUAUUUGUAGUUACUUUUGCUUUCUCUGAGAGACUGCAAAUAUUAAGAUGUAAACAUUAACACCUCGUGAAUACAAUUUAACUUUCCAUUUAGCUAUAGCUUUACUCAGCAUGACUGUAGAUAAGGAUAGCAGCAAACAAUCAUUGGAGCUUAAUGAACGUUUUGAAAAAUAAGUACCAAGGCCUCCCCUCUAUUUGUGAGUUUUGAAAUUGUUUUGUUUAUUUUCAGGGAAUACUGUUUAAUUUAAUUGUAUGAUUUGUCUGCACUCAGUUUAUUUCCCUUCCCAGCCUUAGCCCUACAUUGUUCUUUGUUAUUGUCAGAUACUGGUGAGUUGUUUUGAACUGAACUGUUUUUUUUUUUUCUGUAAGAUGUUACUGCACAAAAGCGCUGCAGUGUUUUUCAUAAUAAACUUGUGAACUAAGUACUGAAAAAUGUCAAAAUUUGAUUGUAGCAAAGGGCAGACUGGUGCUGUUUUAUUCAAACAAAGAAUCAAUUUAUAAAUUGUCGAAUUCCAGGUAAAGAAAAAUAAAAAUCAAGGCCACUACAGAAUCUCUGUGGAACCUUAUUGCUAGUUCUUGACUUUCGCUUCAGGACUAUUUCCAGCAGAGAGAACAGAAGCUUGUAGGUACCACCACAUUUACAUCGUCUAUAAGAAUAGGCCUUUUAUUUAUCUUAAUUGGGGGGGGGGGGUUUGACAAUAGUAUGUAAAAAUCAAAUCCUGAUACUUUAAGGAUUUUUUUCUUCCAAGAAAUAAAAUUUUUUCAAAUACUGUUGCUUUAAACUGAAAAUACCAUAUCCAUAUGAGACCUUUUUUAAAAGCCACGUUGUCAGUUACUUUCCGGUAGCAAAUAAAUAAGACUUGGCUAUCUACAAUAUAUCGUAGUCUCAGAUAAGGAGUAAUUUGAAGUGCUAGAUUUUGGGGUCUUUGGGUCUGGUCUGGAUCAGAUUUAGGCUGUUAGGACUAAAGAAGGUUACAACAAGAAUAAGUGUUUGGACCAUGGCUUUUAUGUGUAUCCUUUUCCUCCUUCCCCCAGUCAAAUUAAGUUUAAAUGAAAUGUCAUUAAUGUUAAGGCUCAAUUAAAAGUAAUUUCUAAUCUUUAUAGUAGUAAGAUUAAGAGGUUAAUACAAUGCCUCUGGAAUCUUAAUUUAACUUAUUUACUAGCACAGAACCACUAUAUAUGACUCCUAAAACUUGCAGAUCAAUUCUGUGUUAUGUAUAACAAUGAUCUAAUUAAAGUUUUCCUGUUUUUGUUUGCAUGAGUUGGA